CACAUUCACUAGUACCGAAUAGUCCAAAAUUUAAAGAUAUUAAUCGAUGCUCAGACCUCACUUGCUUGUUGCUUUAUUGUAAGAAAGAGGGAGAGCUGGCAUAUCAAUGGCAUCCAUGCUUUCUCUUCAACGCACUGGAAACCCAAUGAUAUUAUCUCCUCACCUCUCUCAGGGUCUCAACACACAUACACCUUCGCUAAAUCCAAGUAAAUUCAAAACCUUUUGCUCCUCCUACACAGCCUCCAAGUCGCAAAAGAACUCCCGUACCAAGGUUUAUCGUAGAAAGAUACACCAAAACCCUCCAACUGAAUUCAAAGUUCAAAACUUUAAUCAAAACAAUGAUCCCUUACGUGGACACUCCACAGUUGUCCUUCACAAUGUUGAUUUGAUGAGUUUAUGCGAUGAAGGUAAAGUUGAGGAAGCAUUAGAGUGUAUGGGUCAGGGUGCUUCUGCGGAUUGUAGCGUCUUUGGUGCUUUAUUGGAUUGCUGUGGGAGUCUGAAGUUGCUUGAUAUGGGUAAAAGGGUACAUGAAUUCUUGAGACGGUCAACUUUUGCUGAUGAUAUUGAAAUGAAUAAUAAAUUGAUCGAAAUGUAUGGAAAUUGUGGGAGUGUGAGAGAUGCGCGCAGGGUGUUUGAUAAAAUGCGCGAGAGAAAUAUGCGUUCUUGGCAUUUGUUGAUAAGCGGGUAUGCAGCGAAUGGGCAAGGAGAUGAUGGAUUGUUGUUGUUUGAGGAGAUGAAGGAAUCUGGAUUACGGCCCGAUGAAAAUACUUUCUCGGUCGUCUUUGCAGCAUGUUCUAGUGCGGGAGCUAUAAAAGAAGGUUUAUUAUUCUUUGAAGCAUUAAGGAAUGAAUAUGGUAUGAGUCCUAGGAUUGACCAUUAUCUUGGGGUUAUUGAUAUUCUUGGAAAAGCUGGUCAUUUGUGUGAAGCUAAGGAGUUCAUUGAGAGAAUGCCGUUUGAGCCUACUAUGGAAGUUUGGAUGGCUCUUAGAAGUUUUGCACAAAUUCAUGGUGACAUUGAACUUGAAGAUCAUGUUCAGCAGCUAUUGGUUGCUCUUGAUCCUUCUGAAGCCAAUGCCAACAAGAUAGCAUUGCCUCCAAGGAAGAAGCAGUCUGUCAUUAAUAUGCUGGAGGGGAAGAAUAGUUUGGGCGAGUAUCGGUGCACAGAACCUUACAGGGAAGAGGGAUAUGAGAAGUUGAAAGGCCUAAAUGGGCAGCUGAGGGAAGCAGGUUAUGUUCCGGACACGAGAUAUGUGCUUCACGAUAUUGAUGAGGAGGCAAAAGAGCAGGCAUUAAUGUAUCACAGCGAGCGCUUGGCAAUUGCUUAUGGUUUGAUCAGUACUCCUGCAAGGCAAACUCUUAGAAUCAUGAAGAAUCUCCGUAUUUGUGGUGAUUGUCACAAUGCAAUAAAGAUCAUGUCAAAGAUUGUUGGGAGGGAGCUUAUUGUCAGGGACAACAAGCGAUUCCAUCACUUUAAGGAUGGCAAAUGCUCUUGUGGGGAUUACUGGUGAAAAUCAUUACACUUUGAUGCUGUACUGCUGUUAUUUUAUUUACCUUUAAGCACCCCAAAUGCAGUUCACUAAAGGCAAACACAUACUAUCAUGAACUUGUAAAAAUGAGAAUACUUUUGAGCUGUACAUUGUGCUUGUAGUGGAACUGACAAGAUUGUUAAAUACAUAGAAGAGAUAAGAAGUAGCAACCA